AUGGGGAAAAGAUUCAAGAAUCAAGCUAGUCAAUUGGUUGAAUGCUUAUGUAGCUCCCUACGGAAAUGUGUGUUCUCUGUUCUUUCUGUUGGACCCCUUCCUGAUCACAUUGCGUUUAUUAUGGAUGGGAAUCGAAGGUAUGCUAAGAAGUGCAAUUUGUUAGAAGGGGAUGGCCAUAAAUUGGGUUAUUCAGCUCUGAUGAACAUGCUCAAGUAUUGUUAUGAGUUAGGUGUGAAAUUUGUGACUAUAUACGCCUUUAGCAUUGAUAAUUUUAAAAGACGCCCAGAAGAAGUUCAAUCUACUAUGCAAUUGAUACAAGAAAAGAUUGAGGAUUUGAUCAAAGAGGAGAGCUUGGUUAAUCAAUAUGGAGUUAGGAUUUACUUUUUGGGCAAUCUAAAACUUUUGAGCAAGUCAGUUAGGUUGGCUGCAGAGAAAGCCAUGAGAGCUACUGCAGGAAAUUCAAAAGCAGUUCUGUCAAUUUGUCUUGCAUAUACCUCCACUGAUGAGAUUGUACAUGCUGUUCAAGAAUCUUGUGAUGAAAAAAGAGACAAAAUUAGAGCAUCAAAGUCAUGCAUGGCUGGAAAUGGUACAAUUGCCGUAAGAGGAAAUGGAAAGGAUGGAAGCAAAGAAAUUAUUGCUGUUCAUGAUGUGGAGAAACAUAUGUAUGCUUCAGUCGCCCCUGAUCCUGAUGUCAUCAUACGUACGUCUGGCGAGACUCGCUUGAGCAAUUUUCUUUUGUGGCAAAGUGCUUGCUGCCUUCUCUAUGCACCUUCGCUCAUCAUGUGCUCGGUGAAUGGUAUGCUCAAUGGUCCAAGGUUCCAUAGCUUUUAUUGUGAGACAGAUUCAAUGGAGGUCAGGACCUAUUACAGUGCCCUUGCCCUCAGAGUGCUGGUGAUAUCUUUUGCUGUGGUAGAUCAACAUGGAUUAUGGUGA